GUGCCGUCGUGACGUCACACCCAAACAAGGAGCAGUCUGCUGGUGAUUACAGCCGGAUGGUUCAACAUAAGUGGACGUUUCUCUUCACAGCCGUCUUCUCCCGUCAUGUCUCAGGACCCGUGGUUGCAGAAUUAUGAUGCCACCUGUCGCUUGGCACAGGAAACGGCAGAAAACAUUCAUGAGCGGAACAGGCAGCAGAGAACAGGGGGGAACCCCGCAAAGAUCAACAUGACACUGCGGGCAUCACUGCAGAAGCUCAAGCAGAAUAUUUCCCAGCUUAAAGAGGGUUUGUUGCGAGCAUCAUCAAGUCGGCGCUUAAUGCAGUCAGAAGCUGAUAGGAGGCAGAACCUUAUCGACGACCUGCUGACCAGAGAGAAGCAGCUCAAUGCCACCUUCAAGGGGGACUUCAUGGAGCCCGAAUCUUCCAGGUCGACGUUGAUGGGCGCAGGGGCGGGGCCGAGCGGAGGUGUUGCGGCCAACCCCUGGCUGGUCAACGAAUCAGAGGAGACCAGAGGGCUGAACUUUGGAGAGAUCAAACAGCAGCAACAACGGAUCAUCGAAGUCCAGGAUGCAGGCUUGGAUGCACUAGCAGCUGUCAUCAGCAGACAGAAGAUAAUGGGCCAGGAGAUUGGAAAUGAGCUGGAUGAACAGAAUGAAAUCAUUGACGACCUCUCGCAUCUUGUGGACAAGACGGACGACAGGAUUCGUAACGAGACACGAAGGGUGAAGCUUGUGGAGACGAAGUCAGCCUCCUGUGGGAUGCUGGUGGUGAUCGUGCUGCUCCUCAUAGCCAUCGUAGUGAUCGCCUCGUGGCCCGUGUAGCUUGACGAGGACCAUCGCUCAACGGCUCCAACGACGACAGUUUGAAACCUUUUUUGCAUCCACGGUGCACUCAUGUACAGUCACAUAAACACAUAAACACUGUCUCUAUCAGAUUUAUUUUCUUAUUCUUUGUCUUCAUAUGGAGACAAAGGCCCAACCAAGCCAAUGUGAAAUGAAGACUUAAAGACUUUCUUUUUUUCUUUUAUAGAAUAUAUUGCUUGUUCUGUUUAACGGUUGUAAAAGUGUCUGUCUCAUUAAAUUCUUAAUGUAUCAUAUAGCUAAAUUAUUUAGGUGUUUGUAAGCCUUUUUGAAAUGUAUUUUUAGCCUGGACCUUGUGUAAUGUUGACCCAGCAGCAGGACGUCCUGCAGGCAGCGGGGGCUUCUCUCAGUUCAAGGCUUUGCAACCUUCACACUCACUCAUAUCUGCCCAUGUUACUGUAGCAGCUGUAAUGUUAUCAUUUGUCUUGGGAUUUUAUAACGUUUAUAAAAUAGCUCUCAGCCAAAACAGUCUGCGUAGCUGACAUGGCUGUUUUCCUUCCUUGUAAAUCAACUCGUCUUGUAAUUUCUAAUAAAUGGCAUUUCCAG